AGGUCUAGAGCUGAACACACAUUCCUUUGUCUGCCCACAGGCUCAGUCACCUCAACGGAAGAACAGUCUGCAGGAGAAUUACGCUAACAAGAAGUGAACUCUACAGGUUGAAUUGAGAUAAUUCUGAGAUUAAGAGAUGGCUGACUACAGAGCUUUUCUGUCAUUAAUAGGUCUUCACCUGCUGCAAAGUGUUUGCAGUACAACUCCCUUUCCAUCAUGUGGCCCAGGACAAUUGGAAUGUACAACAGCAGUCACAGCUACUUCAAUUGAGACACCUCGUGUGGAAAGAGUACAAACAGAAAAAUGUGCAGCAGAACUGGAUGCAUUUUGCUUUCAUGGAGAGUGCAUGUUUCUUGUGGACUUAAAUGUACAUUCUUGCAGGUGUGAUGCCGGCUUUACUGGCGAAAGAUGCGCUCAUUCAGAACUUGUCUUCCAGCCAAUGAGUAAAGGAUAUAUUCUUUUAGCUGUCAUGUGUACAGUUUUAUUUUUGACAGCUCUGGCAAUUACAUUUUACUUCUUCUACAAAUGGUUUAAAAAGAAUAAAUGCACCUCAACAGAGAAAAAGUACCAGGAAAUUCAACUUGCAUGAAGUAUUGUAUUUAUAUCUAACAUGAAAUGGAAACACAACUGGUUUUGCAUGCAUCACUCCUGAAAAGAGUCUCUGAUUCUUAAUACUCAACAAAUCCCAUCUGAAAUUCUGGAACGUUAAACAUACACUGAUUCUACAAUAAGUGUCGAGAUUUUUUUUUUUUUAAGUGUUAUUAAAACAAACUGAAAAAAAAAAUUAACAACAAACUCAAAGUAGUUUAGUUAAAUAUGAAUGGAUCUCUAUUUCUCCAAACAAAAUGAAAAUUACCUGAAAAGUUACUUCAUGACUGUAUAAAGAAGUUUUGCUGCUGCUUCUUUGUGCAACCCUUUUUUUUUUAUUUUUUUAAUUUACUCAAAUUUAUGAGGAAAACAAGUACUUAUCUCAUAAAGGCUUAAAACAUGGGUUCGAUAAUUGUUGAACUUUUGGUACUACAUGACUGGUGUUUAUUGUUAGUUUUACUGCUGUCAUAAGGGUACGUAUGGAAGAGUUCCCAUUCCACUUACAUAACCUAAUAUAGGUAUCACAUGUGUAUUUAUUACCUUUUAUUUCACUACAGGUUAGACUCCAAUGUAAAUAUCAAUUACACUCCCGCAAUAAAGACAUGUACUGUGUUAUUAUGUUGUACCUCAGUUAACCCUAAAUCUAAAUAUAGUAGGAGAGCGAGAAGAUAUCUGUUUGGCUGUGUAAUGCAUGACACUGUAAUUUUAUAAGACACAUUUAGAUCACAGGUUUGCUACAGCAGAGACUCAUGUUUUUAAGCCAUUGUUACAUUUUAUUUUUUAUUUGUUUUUUUAAAAUGUGUCCUUCUGAAUUUAGUGCUCAAGGCGAGGGUCGACAAAUGGCCACAUAAGAGUCAUCUCUGUAAGAACACCUCAAUCCUAACCUAAAUACCCUCAGCCAUUCAGUCUGUGGUGAAUCAGACUGCUUCAUGAUUUGUUCAGUUAUGCUGCCAAAUAAGCCACACGGUCCUGAAUUAUAUCAAAGUUUAUGGGGCCCCCAUGCCUAUACAUGUCAUUUACACUGGAUUUGGCACCCCAAUAAUUUUAUCCAGGUCAGGGUGAUGUUUACUGACAAGUUGCAUUAUUUGAGGUAAAAAAUAGACUAAACAGCAGAUAGAUUUGACUCCCUAAGCUCAUUCUAUCAGUGUAUCCCUGCUCUGGGGAGUCAGUUACCAUAUUUUAAAUCUGUAUUAUAUAGCUAUAUUUAUAGCCUGUUUAAAAUUUAACAUAUAUAACACAAAUUCAAAAUUGGAUGUAUAGAAAGUAUUGUAUAUUUUCAAAACAUGAGUCUCACAGUAUUACAAUAUAUUAUUUACAGCAAAUCAGAACUAAAAUACCUGUAAUGCAAUUUUAUUUACCAAAUAAUAAUAAUAAUAAUAAUAAUAAUAAUAAUAAUAAUAAUAAUAUAAUAUAUUAAUUAAUUAAUUAGUUAUUAUUAUUAUUGCAUUGUUGUUAUGUUUAAGUGAUAUCUACCCACUAUGUGGAUUGUCCCAAUUAUUAAUAAGUUAUUUAAGUUUUAAUUGUUAUAUUGCUUAUGGAAACCUAGUAUAAAAAGAUCCUGAAGCUGUUGUUUUUGUUGCUUUUUAUUAUGUCAAAUAUGUUUCUCUUCCUUCUGUAUUUAAUAUAAAAUUGCAUUUUAUCUGUAUCUUUAUAUAAAACGCAUGUUUUUGUAUUGUUAUUUGUUAUCCAUUGGAAUGCAUCAGCUUUGUGAAGGUCUUACACAUUCUGUAGUAAGGGGAAUUAUUGUCUGCUUACUUUAGGCCAAGCUAAGGUUGUAUACAGUACUUCAGUGGCACAUGGCCACUGCAAAAUAAUAGUAGGAUAGAUGUUUUUAUUUAUUUCUUCACCUAUAUAACCUAGAAGUUUUAAUGGUAUAUAGUGCAUUCUUAAUGCUUAUGUGAAAAAUAAAAUGUAUUUUACUAUAAA